AUGUUCGUUUACAUUGAUGGCGUCUAUCAAUGUAAUCGUAACAGAGAUGAUCUGAUCUUGAGAAAGCCCUCCGGAAAAGUUAAGAAAAGAACUCAAAAUGUCAAUUUCUGCGUUCGCCAAAAAGAAGAACGCCUAACAGACGGGAGUUGGAUUGGAAGGCCGUGGAGAUUCGAGCCGCUUCAAAUAGUACAACUUAUGCCGGGUAUGCCAGAGAUCAAUAGAUCCCACUUUGAUAACCUAGGCCAAAUAUGCGUUGUCGUCCUUAGGUGUGAGUCACCAUGCGAUCAGUAUUCGUCAGAGGGCUCCUUAAGCCCAGAAUCAGCUAUGGCUUUUGGGCCUAAUCUAGAUGGCACCGCGAACAUGAUAUACAAUGCUGCGAAUCCUGCGUACGUGAGGAACGCCAGGGGAACCUUGCGGGCCGUGAAGGUCAUCGAUCCCCUAGAAACCAUGAAAAUUUCUCUCGUCGACACCAUGCAAGCUCAAACCGAUUACACUCUCGAUGUCAAGUUCAUUGGGAGGAUAAACCUCGUCGAAUUGAAGUAUCCGACUGGGAGAAAGGAUGGGAGUCAUAUGAUAAUGAAUCUACCGCGAGCUCAGAUUGCAUUUAUCGAGGAUAUCGAUAUUACCGGUCAAGUGGCCCCACUGACCCGAUAUAUAAACGCGAAGCUGAGGACUCGGAUAGUCCUCGUUUCUAUAGCCGACACUAUCUCCCCAAACAAAGACAGUCUCUUUCCCGAAGGCCAAAGGAAAAGCAAUCUCCAGAACAGAAGGAUAGGAAAAUUUAUGGGAAACUUCCUCUGGAAGAGACAAUGCUCUCUCAAAAUCCAGGAGCGCAAGAGAUACAUAGCGGUAACCGUGGAUGCGCCCCUUCCAUUGUGCUUAAUGUCAACUCUACCCUACCAGCACAGAGGGUGGAACCAGAAACCAACCACCCCUGGCAUCAGUGUGCCACUGCCAGAUGCUGCACAGAGGAUGAUACAACAGAUGAUGCCUGUUAUAUCGUCUCUAAUGACGAGAAAAUUAGCAGAAAGUGUCUUCAUCAUAGUCGUGCUCGCCCUUGUUGCAAACAUAGGGAGCCAAGCCACAGAAAAUCAAAAUUACACUACAAACGAAACCAGUUGGGAUCAGGGCCAGGGAGAUCAAGGGGCCAAUGGUAACCCGGAUGACUGGAAUAAGAACAAUUCUAACUCAGGCUCCAAUAUGCUGGGACAACAAGAAAAUCCUACUUCCGACAAUGACAAUAAAUCAAGCGGCCAAGACUGGCUAGCACAAAAUAUGGAUUCAGGCAACGGUGAUGCUCCAGCAGCUGGCUGGCCAAGCAAUAAUUCUAAUGACAAUGGGAGAAACAAUUAUAACAGCCAGCAUGCCCCUUUAACGAGCCCAAAUAAUGGGUAUAGCAAUCCUCAACAGGUUCCAUCUAGCCCACCACCACCCCCGAUAAUUCCAGCCCAAGCGCAAGGGCCAAUGUGGGAGACCCCGCCGCCCAUUCAGAGAGUGCAUACCCUAAUAACACCAUUUUGUCAAGGACCAGAAGCCAGUGAGCCGCCUUUAUAUACGGUUCCCGAGCAAGUGGCCCAAGAACGAUCACUAUCACACCAAGUUCAAGUUGGUAAAUCUUCAAUAUAUUCUCACAAGAUCAAAGUGCCACAAUAUAUCGAUACCAUGGAAGAGCCAUAUGCAAAAUUUGUGUUUAAAUAUCGGGUUAAAGGCGUCAUCGAAUCAGAGAUUGGCAAGUCGAUUGAACGAGAUGUCGAAGCAGAAAGAAAACUUUUGGAGUCUCUCCCUCGUGAAGAGAUCCUGAAUCAACUACUUCACGCUCAGGGGUUGCUAGCUGCUCAGGCGCUUGGCCAGCCGCUUACUGUCCCAUAUCAAGUGCAACAACACCAGCGGACCAAUUCACGUAAUCAACAAUAUGCCCCAGUUCAACAACAAAGCUCACCACCAAGUAAUAUCAAUAAUCACAAUCAACGUUCGCAGCCCGGUCCUACGCACUGGAACAGUGCCCCAGCUCAGGAAGAGCUCCUGACUGUUCCAUCAAAGCUCACAGGGUAUAAUGAUCGGUCAAUUAACGCACCUCAGAGUCCUCAAAACGGUAAUUGGGCAGCAAAGCUCACCGCUGGAUUGCAAGACGUUCAGCAACAGCAACAGAAUGGUUCUAAUCACAGCAAUGAUGCUGCUCCUGCCUGGAAUGCCCAAGCUGGACAAGAUGAAGCUGGAACCAAAUGGUAA